AACAAUCAUACCUCUGCUGACCACUGCGUUUCCGUGUCGUUGUCCUCGACAACGUCAGAGGGCACCGUAGCACCUCUAAUCAUUGAGGAAAAGGCGGAGUUGGGAAAGACAGCCAUGGAUCCUGCGGUACAGGUUAAGCUCUCUUACCUGCAUUAUUGGAUGGACUCAUCGCGCCGUAAACUUGUUGAGGCGAGUUGUUGCCCGAGCAUCCUGGUUGCGAUCGCGGGUCCUCACAUGUGCAUCAUGGGGGCCAUGUUGCUUGACAAGGUAGUCGUGCAACAUUUCACAGGCUGGAUGCACAUCGCCGAGGAUAGUGCGGGCGGUGAGGAUGAUCACAACAAUCUAGGCCACCUCUGUGUAGAGAGGUUGGCCCAGGUGUUUGUCUCCCUGCGCCAUGCCGUUGAGGCACUCACCAAUUGGUACCAGACGAACGUCAGUCUAGGAAUCCCAUCCUUUACUCGAUUUUUCCCUUGGAUCAACUGUUUUGAACAUGAGGGCAAGGUGACCCAGUUUGUGUACCUCAGGGGACUUCAAGCCCAUGCGGGAUGCAAGACGUUCCUUGUGCAGAAAACAGAUGUAGGGCAGCUAAGCGAGUUGCUUGUGGUGAAGUUCGUGCCUGCCUAUGGCGACGAAGUGCAUCGGUUCAUGGCAUCGCGCGGGCUGGCACCUAACCUGCAUCAUUGUGCUCCGCUGGCGGACAUGUUUCCGGGCCACCAUUUCAAGGGGAUGGUGAUAGUAGCAAUGGAUGCAGUCAGUGGGAAGAACCUUGAAGACGAGUAUGGGGGCUCUGUAGUGCCCAAGGAAGUUGCCGACAAGAUUGUGGCCGUCUUGAGGACAUUGUGGGAUGCAGGAUGGGUGCACGGUGACAUCCGGGCACCAAACUUGAUAAUCGACGACAGCGGGUCGGUGAAGCUGAUCGACUAUGAUUGGGCUGGUGCGGAAGGAAAGGUUAAAUACCCGCGUCGGAUUUCCAUCGACCUAUUCACGGAUGUGGUUGGCGUGGUCGGUGAAGCCAAGAUUAUUAGGAAACAUGACGAGGAAAUGGUUGGCAAACUCUUCGAAUUCUCAGCUCCAGACUCACAGUAGAUAGUUGUACAUCAAUAAGUGGAAACAUGGCUGUCUUGUCUAUACC